AAACCUGGACCGGGUCUUGGAUUAGAUUCCAAAAAGAUCCCUGGCAAUUCUUCAGUCAGUCGGUUUGCAGAAGCAAUGGCUAAAGCUUGGACUGAGUAUAAUAAUCCCGGGGCUGUAGUUAUGGUUGUGGCUCAGUCUGAAGAACGUAACAUGUACGACCAACACUGGCUUUGUUCAGUAUUGAAGGAAAAAUACAAUGUUACAACUAUUCGGAAAACAUUGGCUGAAAUUGAUAUGCAAGGGGAACUACUUCCUGAUGGAACACUUCUUGUUGGUGGCCAAGCAGUUUCAGUUGUCUAUUUUAGAGCUGGGUAUGCGCCAACUGAUUAUCCUUCAGAAUCGGAAUGGAGCGCUAGGCUACUUAUGGAGCAGUCUUCUGCGAUCAAGUGUCCGUCAAUCUCUUAUCAUUUAGCAGGCACCAAGAAGAUUCAACAAGAACUUGCAAAACCCAAUGUACUUGAGAGAUUUCUUGAUAACAAAGAGGACAUUGCCAAAGUACGUAAAUGUUUUGCAGGUUUGUGGAGUUUGGAUGACUCGGAGAUAGUCAGCAAAGCAAUUGAAAGACCUGAGCUAUAUGUCAUGAAGCCACAAAGAGAAGGCGGAGGGAACAAUAUAUAUGGUGAAGAUGUGAGGGAAACCCUUUUAAGGUUGAAAAAGGAAGGGAGCGAAGAAGAUGCUGCUUACAUUCUUAUGCAAAGGAUAUUCCCAAGUGAAUCCCUUGCAUAUUUGAUGCGUGAUGGCGUUUGUCAUAAAGAUCAGGCUAUAUCAGAACUUGGCAUAUAUGGUGCUUACUUAAGGAACAAGGACAAGGUGAUCAUGAAUGAACAAUGUGGUUAUUUGAUGCGGACAAAGAUUUCUUCCUCAAAUGAAGGCGGGGUUGCAGCUGGAUUUGCCGUCUUGGACAGUAUAUAUUUAACUUGAUUAUUUUGACUUGCUAGUUGCUUCAAUUGAUUGUAUAAUUUAAAUCCACAUGAUUCUGGUUCUAUACAAGCAAUCAUGUCAAAGUAGAUUCAUUUUCCGCAAUUUAGUAUUUCCUUCAAAUUUGUGAAGGAAAGGAUUUGACAUGGAAGACAUGGUGUUUCCCUUUUUUUCUUGAGCAAUAAAAUUUUGAUGUGGGUUCUGUACUGCCAAGCCACUGCCUUACAAUGUUGCCUGACCAAAGAUAUGGCUUUUAGAGCAGAAACAGAAUUGAAGACUAGUAUGACAGGAUAUAUAAAUAUAUAAGUGGAGAUUUGGUUGUUUCCAAAGAUUACAGCCAAAUUUUGACACUGAAUUGUCUGUUGAAAGAAAAAUUAACCUAUUAAGUAUAA